AUGAUGGGACAGGAGGGUAGGAGCAGCCAGCAACAGCAGUUUCACCCUCGCCCCACCGAGGGCUCCAUGUUGGCCGAAUGGGUUGUGGGGGGGAAGAGGGGGCGGCUGGGGCAGUGGGGAGACCUGGGGUCCGCAUCAGUGCCCCUCCUUCCCAUAUCACCACCUCCUCCUUGUCCUCCUUCAUGUUGGGGGCCUGGGGGAGGGAGGAUCUCCAUCUUCUCUCUGUCCUCUGCCCCUCACCCAAGAAGCUCCCCCUCCUUGUUUCUCCCUCCUGCCUUGGGCUCCCCCUGCCCAAUGCUGCAGGUGUCAGGGCCUUCUCAGCCUCACCACAGUGCCCUCUCCACCCCAGCACGGGCACAGCCCGUGAUGACAUCCACCUCUGCCUCCCCCUCCUGGGGAUCCCACUCCAUCCCACCCCUGGCCUCGGUGACUCCCCCUCCCUCACACCGAUGCCCCCAGGACCCUCCUGGGCUUCGGAUAGGCCCUCUGAUCCCAGAGCAGGAUUAUGAAAGACUGGAAGACUGUGACCCUGAAGGGUCCCAAGAUUCACCCCUCCAUGGAGAGGAGCAGCAACCCCUGCUUCACGUGCCCGAAGGGCUCCGGUGCUCCUGGCAUCACAUCCAGAACCUGGACAGCUUCUUCACCAAGAUCUACAGCUAUCACCAGCGGAAUGGCUUUGCCUGUAUCCUGCUGGAGGACGUCUUCCAGCUGGGACAAUUCAUUUUCAUUGUCACUUUCACAACCUUCCUCAUUUGUUGUGUGGAUUACAACAUUCUCUUCACCAACCAACCAAAUAACCAUACAUCUGGGCCGCUUCACAGCAAAGUGACCUUGUCAGAUGCCAUCCUGUCCUCGGCCCAGUGUGCUGAGCGGAUCCGCUCCAGCCCCCUACUGGUCUUCCUACUGGUCCAGUCUGUGGGCUUCUGGCUGUUCCAGUUGCUUCGCUCAGUCUGCAACCUUUUCAGCUACUGGGACAUCCAGGUGUUUUACAGGCAGGCCCUGCACAUUCCCCCGGAGGAGCUCAGCUCCAUGCCUUGGGCAGAGGUGCAGUCUCGCCUCCUAGCACUGCAGAGGAGUGGUGGGCUGUGCGUGCAGCCGCGGCCACUGACGGAGCUGGACGUCCACCACCGCAUCCUUCGCUACACCAACUACCAAGUGGCUCUGGCCAACAAAGGCCUACUGCCCGCCCGCUGCGCGCUGCCCUGCGGAGGGAGCGUGGCCUUCCUCAGCCGCGGCCUGGCGCUCAACGUCGAUCUGCUGCUCUUCCGCGGCCCGUUCUCGCUCUUCCGCGGCGGCUGGGAGCUGCCUGACGCCUACAAGCGCAGCGAGCAGAGGGGCGCCCUGGCCGCGCGCCUGGGCCGCGCCGCGCUGCUGCUGGCCGCUGCCAACCUGGCGCUCAGCCCACUAGUGCUGGCCUGGCAGGUGCUGCACGCAUUCUACAGCCACGCAGAACUGCUGCGGCGCGAGCCAGGUGCGCUGGGAGCCCAACGCUGGUCGCGUUUUGCGCGCCUGCAGCUGCGCCACUUCAAUGAGCUUCCGCACGAACUGUGCGCGCGCCUGGACCGCGCCUACCGCCCUGCCACCGCCUUUCUGCGCGCCGCCGCGCAGCCCGCACCCAUGCUGGCGCUGCUGGCGCGCCAGCUCGUCUUCUAUGCCGGCACACUCUUUGCCGCGCUGGUGGUGCUCACCAUCUACGACGAGGACGUGCUUGCCGUGCAGCACGUGCUCACCGCCAUGACCGUGCUCGGUGUCACGGCCACCGUGGCCAGGUCUUUCCUUCCAGAGGAACACUGCCAGGGCCGCUCCGCGCCGCUCCUCCUCCAGGCGGCUCUGGCCCACAUGCAUUACCUCCCGGAGGAGCCCAGCCCCACCCGCAACGCUGGCGCCUACCGGCAGAUGGCGCAGCUGCUGCAGUAUCGGGCGGUCUCCCUCCUGGAGGAGCUCCUUUCGCCUCUCCUCACCCCGCUGUUUCUGUACUUCUGGUUUCGCCCUCGUGCCCUGGAGAUUAUUGACUUUUUUCAUCACUUCACUGUGGAUGUGGCUGGGGUUGGGGACAUCUGUUCCUUUGCCCUUAUGGACGUGAAGCGCCAUGGCCACCCUCAGUGGCUCUCAGCAGGACAAACAGAAGUCUCACUGGCUCAACGUGCGGAGGAUGGAAAGACGGAGCUCUCCUUAAUGAGGUUCUUCCUGGCGCAUCCACAAUGGCGGCCCCCCGGGCACAGCUCUAAAUUCCUCGGGCAUCUUCGGGGCCGAGUUCAACAAGACGCAGCCACUUGGGGCGCCACCUCGGUCCGCAGCCCCACCACCCCUGGGCUGCUCAGUGACUCCACUUCAUCUUUGCCAGAGGUGUUCCUGGCCAACCUCUUGGUGCACCCUCUCCUGCCCCCGAAGGAUCUGAGCCCCACAUCUCCCUGCCCAGCUGCAGCCACAGCCAGCCUCCUGGCCUCCAUAUCCCGGAUUUCCCAGGACCCGAGCUGUGUGUCCCCAGGAGGCCCUGGGGGCCAGAAGCUGACCCAGCUCCCAGAGCUUGCUUCUGCUGAGAUGAGUCUCCAUGCCAUCUACCUGCACCAGCUUCACCAGCAACAGCAUCAGGAAUUGUGGGGAGAAGCUUCAGCCUCUUCACUGUCCAGGCCCUGGUCCAGCCCCUUCCAUCCACUCUCACCUGAUGAGGGGAAGCCAUCCUGGUCAAGUGAUGGCUCCAGUCCUGCCUCCAGCCCUAGACAGCAGUGGAGAACACAGAGGGCCCAGAACCUGUUCCCUGGAGGGUUUCAGGAGACCACAGAGACCCAGCAACAGCCUGGUCAGGCCCCUAGUACUGACUGA